AUGGUCUACACGCUGCUUGACAACGUUCAGGUUCUAGGCUCCGUCGCCAAAGCCGCCGAGCACGAAUCAGGCACUGCCCAGAGCGACAUUUUGACUCGCCGUGCCCUCUCGUUUGUGGUGUUGCUCCACCGCGCCUUCAACAAAACCAGACUCGCUCUUCUUGACCAGAGACAGCAAGUGCAAGCGCAAAUUGACGCGGGCAAGCCUCUUGCGUUUUUGGACGACCCAGCUUGGGUCCAGAUCCGCAACGACCCUGUCUGGCGAGGUGCCGUGCCUGCUCCAGGGCUUGCAGACCGCCGCACGGAAAUCACCGGCCCUCCGGAGCGGAAAAUGGUGGUCAAUGCGCUCAACACGCCUGUCAAGACGUACAUGUGUGACUUUGAGGACUCCCUGGCCCCCACGUGGGCCAAUGUGAUCAACGGACAAGUCAAUUUGUACGACGCAGUGCGGGAGCAGCUUGAUUUUGUCUUCAAACCCACUGGCAAGGCGUACAAGGUCGACAGAACACCAGGACGCCACAUCCCGCUGCUCAUUGUGCGGCCACGUGGCUGGCACAUGGUGGACAAGCACAUUUUGAUUGACGGAGAGCCCGUUUCGGCAUCAAUUCUCGAUUUCGGCCUCUACUUCUUCCACAAUGCUCACGAACUCGUGGCACGCGGCCGCGGGCCAUACUUCUACUUGCCCAAGAUGGAACACCACUUGGAGGCCAAGUUGUGGAACGACAUUUUCCAAGUGGCCCAAGACUAUGUUGGAUUGCCCCGCGGCACGAUCCGCGCAACGGUUCUCAUCGAAACGCUUCCAGCUGCCUACCAGAUGGAAGAGAUCAUCUACCAGUUGCGCGAGCACAGCGCUGGCCUCAAUUGCGGCCGGUGGGAUUACAUCUUCAGCACCAUUAAGCGUUUGCGCAAUGAUCCGUCCAAAGUGCUCCCCAACAGAGGCUUGGUGACCAUGCAACUGCCAUUCAUGGCCGCCUACUGCCGCCGCCUCAUCAACAUCUGUCAUCGGCGCCAGGUGCAUGCCAUGGGUGGCAUGGCGGCGCAGAUUCCGAUCAAGAACGAUCCAGAGGCCAACGAUGCCGCUAUGGCCAAAGUCAAGGCCGAUAAGCUCCGCGAGGCGACAAUGCACUUUGACGGAACAUGGGUGGCGCAUCCAGCAUUGGCGCCGCUUGCCAAUGGCGUGUUUGACGAACACAUGCCCACGCCCAACCAGAUCCACGUGUUGCCUGAAGAACACGUGAGUGCCGAGGACUUGUCCGACACCAAGAUUGCCGAUUUUGCCAUCUCCACCGACGGAAUCCGUGAGAACUUGUACAUUGCGCUCUGUUACAUUGAGUCGUGGCUCCGGGGCGUGGGCUGUGUGCCCAUCAACAACUUGAUGGAAGAUGCAGCAACUGCUGAAGUGUCCCGGCUUCAAUUGUACCUGUGGGUCCGCCACGGCGUUCUGUUGGCGGACACAGGCGAAAAAGUCACGCCGGACUUGGCCCAAAAGCUCUUGGAGGAGGAGACUGGCAAACUCAGAGAGAAAUAUUCCUCUGUGGACCACAAGUUCGAUUUGGCGGCAAAGUACUUGCUUCCAGAGAUCCGUGGCGACAGCUUGGCGGAAUUCUUGACCACCUUGGUCUAUGACGAGAUUGUGACGCCAGGAGAGCCCGUGGAAUUGGCCUCUUUGAAAGAAUAA